GUCUGCGGAAGUGGGGAUGGAAAAGGAAUGCCGAAAAGUAUCAGUUCUUUCAGGGGCUCCUGUCACGUGAGGUCGGACGCCAAAUGCUCAGAUUCCGAUGGGUUCUGGAUAUCUUUGAUCCAAACGAAAGCCCCUUGACAUGUCAUGAACCAUGAGCCAUGAGCCAUGAGCCAUGAGCCAUGAGCCAGACAUCUUGUGUUAGACCUGUGUGUUCUCGACUGGCUGAUGUAAGAAGUUUUAAUGAUCCGCUUCCGAGUCUCCGAGUCUUGAUUUCGCGCCGCGCCUCCUGGGCAAAAGCUUGGUUGGCCACUACCGCGGAGAAGCGAGAAGAUUGGCUCCAUCGGCUCCACUGCAUACGUAUGAGAAAUGACUUUUUCGCCGGUGCCUGGUACUAUUCACUACCGGUGAUUGCUGCGAACGAUUUGAACCAUACUCUCUAUGGUUUGGACCGACACGCAAUCCCACUAAUCAUGCCGCCGGGUUAUUAGGGGGGAUGCUGUAGGCGUCCCAAUCCGCGAGAUUUAUUCGCAGCAGCACGGGCCUAGUUGGUGGUAGCUAAUAAAAGAAAUGGUGCCGAUGUUGCCGACUGUUUUGCUCCGGUC